AUGGAGUUGAGGGCCUUGAGGCUUCACCGGAGAAUGGAGUUUGGUAGACGAGAGAUGGAGUUGAGGGCCUUGAGGCUUCAUUGCUUCGGGCUUUGGAGAACGGCGCCUUCAGAUUUGGGUUUGGGGUGUAUUAGGGUUAGACAGGCUGCGUGGGAGAUAUCACUUCUGAUCCAUUCCGAGUACUCCUUGACUGAACCUUAUGUUGCACGUGUAAUUUUUGAAGCGCUUCAGUGCGAGUCUGCUAUUUUUAUCGGAAACAGCAUGCCAAUACGUGAUGCUGACAUAUAUGGAUGUAACUGGGCAAAAUGUACCCAUAGUUCUGCUAUGAAAUCAGGCUCAGGAUUAACAUGUCACUGGAUACAGGUGGCUGGGAAUCGGGGAGCAAGUGGUAUCGAUGGUUUGCUUAGCACAGCUGUUGGUUUUGCUGUUGGAUGCAACAAACGAGUACUUUGUAUGGUUGGAGAUGUUUCUUUUUUGCACGAUACAAAUGGAUUGGCAUUGCUCAAACAACGGAUACAGCGGAAACCAAUGACCAUUCUUGUGAUAAACAAUCAUGGUGGUGCAAUCUUCAGUCUCCUUCCCAUUGCAGAUAGAACUGAACGGAGAGUGUUAGAUCAAUAUUUCUACACAUCUCAUAAUAUUUCAAUCUCCAACCUCUGUAUGGCACAUGGGUAA